GUCCGGUGUAAGAUGGCGGGCGGAGGAGGGGAAGAGCAUGCCGCGCAUUCGUCCGCUCAGGAUGAUCAUCAUGAUUCUGAUGAUGACGAUGAUGGCGCAGACGAGAUUUUGGAAGAAUCCCCAUGUAAACGAUGGUCGAAAAGGCGGGAACAAGUCAAACAAAGGGAUGUUCCCGGUAUUGACUCUGCCUACUUGGCGAUGGAUAAUGAUACUGGUAAAUUUAACCUUGGGUUUACAAGCGAGGUACCAUAA